UAUCUACGUAGUAUGUAUGCGCUUGUUCGUUCGACUAAAAUUCUAAAUUGCGAUGGGGACGUGGUGGUGAACACCGAUCACUGCCCGAAAUGUGCGACUUCUCUCAAGUUCGCAAAGAAAUCUGCUGGCCCAGCAACGGUUAACGGUAAGGCGGAGGCGAUGAAAAUGUCCACUAAACCUCUGGAAGUUAACUAUGCGAUGCAAAUCGUUUCUAUCGGAGUUAGAUCCGACAACGUUUACGAGGCAAAGAUGUUGUUAGCCCCAGAGGUAGACAUGUCUUCGAUCAAAAUAACCGUGAAAGGGAACAACCUUCGCGUGAACGUAUGCAAGCCGUUGAACGACAAAAUCGUGAAUCAUCUGCCAGACAUCGCCGAAACAUCGGUUCUCGGCGAUCUAAUUAAAACAACGAUGAAACAUUGCGAAAAUCUUCUGAUACCGGACGAUAUCGAUGGCGAGAAAAUUCGCGCAGUGGUAGACAAUAAGCAAAGAAUGCUCAUCCUCACGGCACCCGCGAUCAAACCCAGUCAAACAAGAAAGAAAAUAAUCGUUAAAAAUUGAGAGAAAAUUUCGAAUUGCAAUUAUUUUUCUACUCUCGUUUGCGCUAUUGCGCGAAACUAUCGGCGAUAAUCAGCGAAAUACGAAUCUCGAUGGAACGACUACCAUGGAUGAUCGGUGCUUGUUAAAAAUCGAUAACCUUCGAGCCAUGUACAGCCGUACUUAUAUAUGAUUUCCAAUGUAUUUUAAUCAUUUGUAAAUUUAUACCGAUCGCGUCAUGGACUAUUUACCGCGCCAUUGUCGCGAAAACGCAACCUUUUUCAAGCAGAACGAUUACAUAAACUUUGAAACGAUAUCAAACGGAGUAAGAAUGAGUUUCAAAUUCACAAAAGUUCCCAACUUUUACAUCAUCGACAACAAAGAGUGCUACGCUGUACGUUUCUGUUUCAACUACUUCAAUCUGCUACAUCAAUUUUACUACUACGCGAUACAAUUGUUAUUCGACUGGUAUACGUAAAUUCGACAAGAGUAAAACCCCAAAUUUUUACCAUAGAUAAUACAUAUAUAUAAAUAUGAUACUAUAGUAUUUAUUUAAUUCACAGACGGAAAUGAAAAUCGAGGGAUUAAAAGUAGGAUCGGUUACUUUAGCCACUGAAAACGUGUUGAACGUAAAGUUGCAUAGUUCCGAUAAGUGGUCGCAUGUCAGGAACUUGAAUUUUCUGAUGCCGCCGGAAACGAACGUGAAAAAAGUGUCGGUCGAGGUACUCGAUGA